CGUUGCACUUUAACAUGACACAGAGGGUAUUUGGUAGCGUCCUAAGUGUCUCAAGUUCCAAACGCAAUCAUGUCGAAUAAUGUGAAAUUUUAUAUUAAAAUUCUUCAUUUGAUUGAAUUUUAGUUGGAUUCGAUUCGAUUGAUAGGACAAACUCUUUUUUUCUCGGCAAGCAUUGCAAGUAACCUUGAUAUCACGCUUCGAAUCGAAGCGCCGGAAUUCUGUACUCAGACGUCUUCCUCUUCCGCUUCGCCGUCUUACUGUCUCCAACGCCGCCGCCAAACACCAGUAUCUGAGCGAAUAUGGAAGGAACAGGAGGCGAUGGUCCAGCAAUGGCACCGUUUUCGAAAUGGAGAAAGGAUUUCUCGGUGGCGUUUCAGUACUAUCUGGAGCGGUUCACUCCUCAUACGCUCCAAAGGUGGUUGGGGACACUGGUGGUUGCUUUGAUCUAUGUGUUGAGAGUGUAUUAUGUUCGAGGGUUCUAUGUCGUGUCCUAUGCUCUUGGGAUAUACUUGUUGAACCUCCUGAUUGGGUUUCUGUCGCCAAAGAUUGACCCCGAGCUUGAAGCUACUGAUGGGGCCUCUUUGCCCACUAAAGACUCUGAUGAAUUCAAGCCAUUUAUUCGCCGCCUCCCUGAGUUUAGGUUUUGGUAUUCCAUCACCAAGGCUUUCAUAGUGGCAUAUAUUUUGACCUUCUUUUCUGUGCUGGACGUACCUGUUUUCUGGCCCAUACUUUUAUGUUAUUGGAUUGUUCUGUUCGCCCUCACGACGAAGCGUCAAAUUCUACACAUGAUUAGAUACAAAUAUAUUCCCUUUGAUAUUGGAAAGCAGAGGUAUGGUGGCAAUAAGUUUUCUAGAAGCGGCAGUUCUCCUAGAGACUGAAGCUCCAUAUCCCUAUUCUGAACAGUCCCGAAGAAGAAACUCUCAUUCUUUUUCUUUCGGUGAGUAGAAACUCAAAAGACUUUGACAAACUUAGCAGGAAACAUACGAUGUAUCUAGAUAUUGUAGCAGGAUAGAGAAUUGCUAUGACCCACGUCACUGAUAUUCCAGAUUUCUUGUUAGCUUUAGCUGAAUUGCCUUUGCCAGAAUUGAUCUAGUCUGAACAUUCUAGAUGUCAUAUGAUAUUGCAAAAUUUAUGACACCUUUGAUAGAUGUAGUCUGAGGAUUGUAAGCAUCAUGUGCUAUUGCAGCAACCUAUUGCUUGCCUGUCACCGGGAUUUCACAGCAGGACCCGGGUUGAACUUAAGGCCCCGUU